AAGAUAGUUUGUUGUAUUAAUUUGUUAUGCUAACAGUAAUAAGUUGUCGUUGUAAUUAUUCUUGGUCGGAGUGUCUGUUGCGUGUUGUGCUGGACAUUUUCGAGAAAUUUCAUUGCAAUGGAACCAAAUGUAAAUAACUUAACUAUUUCCUUUAUUGAAAGCGCAUCUAAUUCGUCGAAACCAAUAGCACACAGAUUUGUUUGGGCUUUCCAUCCCAGAGAUCCCCUUAUCAGGAAUGUUUUUGUUGAUACAGAUAAGUUAGAUGUUCACUCUCAAUACUGGGAAAGUAUUACUUUGGUUCCAAUUUUGGCGACUGUUAUGUUGGCGGUGACUGUUUUUCUUUUGGUUUUGUUCAGGCAAACGCCAACAUUGGUGGCAGCAACUGUAGCAGCAACAUUAACGAUCAUUGGCAUAUAUCUUAUUCUUAGCAGUAUUACCGAAAGUCGACCGAAAUAUGAAUAAAA